GGAAGGAAAUUCCUCCAUUUCAUUGCAUUCUUUGACUUUAUCCCAUGCUGAGUGGCAUGCAACACUACAGGAGACAAGAGGAUGCAUGUGAUAGGCUGUUGGUCUCAUCUGAAUAAGCAUCAGUACCUGAACUGGUAUAUUUUUCUUUAAUUUAUUCAAAUUUCUCUAUCUUCUGGGGUGGGAAAGUUCAGUUCUCAGUUGGUAAAAACCGUAUUUUCUAUGUAUGGUUAGCCAUUUUUGAAAAGUUGAGGGGAAAAAAAUAGAAAAGUUGUUUGGGAUUCAAGAGAUUAGAAGAAUAAAUGAGAUGGUUAAGAGGAUGAAAAAGACCUGCAGGAGGGAGAGAGUUGCAUUUCCUCAGCUCUGUAAGAGCUUUGAGCCUUUCGUCCUGCUGUCAACAGCCCAUAAACUCACCUUUGCUCUCUGUGUGUGUUUCAGGUUUACCUGCAUCAACAAACGAUGACUUUCUACAGGGACCUCUAUGAUGAUGGAUGCUAUUCACCAUUUGGCUAUGAAGACCUCUGUGGUUUUGGGGGCCUGAAUGGCUACCAAUUUGGGAGCCCAUAUGGCUACUACCGGGAACAGUACCGAUAUGGCAGCCCAUACAGCUACAGAAGCUUUGGGAGCCUGUAUGGGAACAGAGGCUUGAUUGGUUUUGGGGGCUAUUAUGGGUAUGGAGACUUGUACAGGUUUGGGUACGGCUACCCCUUCUCUUCUUGUUUUGGAAACAGAUACAGCUAUUGAAACUGCUAUCUAUGCUGAACCAGCAGAAAUAGCAACUAAGAAAUGAAAUGCAGGACAUGGAUUCACGGCUAAGGUUAUGGUGCUGAGAAACGCAGAGCACCCGUGCCUCUGGCUGAGUUCAGUAGGACAUGUGGGUGCCAGGCUGCGUAAGACUAUCCUAUUCGCAACCCUCUCUAAUAUCUCCUGUUUCUUCAACUAUUGCUCUAAAGGGCAACUUGAAUUACAGCAAAUACUGAGGCAUCUUUACAGCAUGUUGAAGGAGUAAAGCAAGACUUUCAGGUGUGAGUAAAGUGCCUUUUAAGUUAAUUCACAGUCACUUUGUAUUGCCAUAGUAAUAGGAGUUUCUGCAACUACCAUGAACAGGUCCACUUUGCUCAGCUAUAAACUUCACCAAAGAUGACAUCUAGUAGAGAAGCUCCUGUUAUAUAUCCAUGUCGUGCCUCAUCUGGCAGCGAACAUGAUUUACAAGCAACUCUGUGAGCAAGAAACAUGUCUGGACUGUAAAACUCCACCAUUUCCACAAGGAGAAAGCAUCACCUGGCAUCAGACACACUCUGCUUGCUGAAGACCCUUUUGUAAAACUGCAAACUUAUCCUUCCUGUUACUUACCUUUUCUCAUUUUCAUUAAAAUUACUCUGCUUAAUAGUA